AUGAUGCUGCCUAUUUCAUUAGACACAAAAAAUAAGAUAUCUCAACAUUUAGGCUCUACAGCAAGUUCAGAGCCUCCUCCACAAUCAAGAUCUGCUGUAAAAUUUGGAAAAACCAUAAAAGUUGUUAAAAAAAUCCCUCAAACACUUACAAUGGAUGAUGAUUUCUUACUUGAGAGUGAAGGUGAUAUCAGAGCUUUUUUAAAAACUUCAAAGCCUCCAGCUGCAAUAAAUUUACGAUAUAACGAUAAAGGAAAAAUUGUCCCAUAUUCAAUAGUUGGUUCUCCCACUUUAUUUGAAAGUCAAACUAAUGCUCCAAAAUAUAGCCCUCCUCCAACUUACAGUUUGCCUAGCAGCCCACUCGGAUACUUGAAGUUUGGCUUUCCUUUAGUAAGGAAACAGCUUCUGAAAAUAGACCAUGAGAAAAAAUUUAAAGACAAAUUGAUUCAAAUUAAUGAAACCCACAAAAAUAAUCGAGUCAAAGAAAAAGAAAUGCUGAGAACCAUGAAUCUCGACCAGCGAUUAGACGUCACAAAAGAACAAAGGGCUCUUAAACUCUUCCAAAAAACACAAGAAAAAUGAGAUCAAAUCGACAGAGGGUUAUGCAAAAGAAUAAAAAAGCCAAGAGAAGAUCUUCUUCCAUCGAGAGCUUAUGAGUAUCGGGAAAAACUUGAAGAACUCGACAUAAUUGACAAAGUUAAAUCCUCAGAAGUACCAAACAAAUAUCACUGAUAUAUGUCUUUAAGAGAAGACCCUGAAUUUGACAAGCCUGAAGCUUUUGUAAACGUAGGAAAUUAUAUGACUGGUCUCUACACAAGAAUUAGAGAAAGCUCGAAUACUUGCAAAUCUAUUAUAAGGAAGCCAGGAAUGUUGAAAACGAGCUACAAGACAUUCCGUGAUGAUCCUUAUUUUAAAGAUACGGUAAAAAAUGAUGAGAUAUUCAGCAACUUAAGUUUUGUAAGAAGCAUCAAAAGUGAAGAUUUGAAUGUUGUAGGGUUAAGUAAGCUUCCAUUAGAAAUUGAUGCUGUUAAAUCUGCAGGAAUAGAAUAUGUAAAAUUUGAUGCUGUAGAAAAAGGUGGAGACGAAGAAGUAAUCAUUGAAAACCACAUGCCAAAAAUCCGUGCAUAUACUAGUAAAACUACUCUGAAAUCAUGAAAUUCAUUAAUUCCACCGAAAUUGUAGGAGAAAAAAAAAAACUGCUUCAAUUUAAAAGCGGUUUGGAAAAAAUUAUAUAUAAUUUAUUGAUUCAAAGCACCAAAUUUUAAAUAUUACUCUACUCCUUUAAAAAAUAGAGCAAGAAAUUUAGGUUAUUUUUUAAUUUGAUGAAAAUGAUCUAUAUAAAAUUUUGUCAAGCUGGUUACAUAGAAGCAUUAUUCUCCCAUAUAAAAUUAAAGGCGGCUGUUUUACCCAAAAUAUAAAAUUUCAUGAUAUUUAGCAACAAUUUAAAGGUGUAAGUAAAUUUUAA